AGUUGUUAUUGAUCUGUAAGCAAAGAAACACCAACAUGAAAGUAUUCAUCGCCAUUUGCCUAUUGUUUGUGGUGCAUUCCUAUGCCUAUGUGGUUAAAAGCCGAGAUAAUCUCCUACAGUUCCGCAAUGAAUGUGUGGCCGAGCUACAGGUCCCCGAAAAUCUAGUUGAGCACUACAAAAAAUGGGAAUACCCCAAUGAUUCUGUGACUCAAUGCUAUUUGAAAUGUGUCUUCAAUAAAUUUGGCUUGUUCGAUACUACCACAGGUUUCAAUGUAGAAGAUAUUCAUCAACAGUUGGCAGGAGUCCAUGGGGAGGCGGAACACGACGAUGCUCUUCAUGCCAAGAUAGAGUCCUGCAUUGAUAAGAACGAACAGGGAAGCAAUGCCUGUGAAUGGGCCUAUCGUGGAGCCAUCUGUUUCUUCAAGAACAAUUUGCAGCUUGUGCAACAAAGUGUUACACCACAGGCAUAGUGAUAUAGUAAGAUUAGUAAUUAAAACAGAAUAGUAUAUAAGAUUUUAAAAUCAUUUCAAAUAAAUUUUUAUAAAAAAAUUU